CUAAAGUAGCAAACAUUUAUCAACCGUGCCUCAAUUCCUUUCGGCCUUAGAUAUUUUAUUCUACCGGCCCGUUAAAUAUCAAAAGCCCAGACAAAUACGAUUAACUCCCAUUUGGCCCAUGUUACAUCGCCUGUUCGGGUUUAUAUAUAUAUUCAUGGUUUCCAGUAGGGUUCUUCGCUGAGUGAGUGCCGAGGCUCAUAUCUCCCCAGUAGGUGGCCGUCUACCCUAGGAGGUGAAGGAUGUCUCACAGGAAGUUUGAGCACCCAAGGCAUGGUUCCCUUGGAUUUCUUCCCAGGAAGCGUGCUGCCCGACACAGGGGGAAGGUGAAGGCAUUUCCCAGGGACGACCAAACCAAACCAUGCAGGCUCACUGCUUUCUUAGGUUACAAGGCCGGCAUGACUCACAUUGUGAGAGAAGUCGAGAAACCAGGGUCAAAGCUUCACAAGAAGGAGACUUGUGAGGCUGUGACUAUCAUUGAAACACCACCAAUGGUAGUUGUUGGAGUGGUUGGGUACACAAAAACACCACGUGGCCUUCGCUGCCUGAACACUGUUUGGGCUCAACAUCUCAAUGAGGAGUUGAGAAGGAGGUUUUACAAGAAUUGGUGCAAAUCCAAGAAGAAGGCUUUCACUUCAUAUGCUAAGAAAUAUGACACUGAAGAGGGAAAGAAGGAUAUCCAAGCACAGUUGGAGAAGCUGAAGAAAUACUGUUCUGUAAUCCGUGUGCUCGCACACACCCAGAUUCGGAAGAUGAAAGGAUUGAAGCAAAAGAAGGCACACAUUAUGGAAAUCCAGGUGAAUGGUGGGACUAUUGCACAAAAAGUUGACUAUGCCUAUAGUUUCUUUGAGAAGCAAGUGCCAGUCGAUGCUGUUUUCCAGAAGGAUGAAAUGAUUGAUCUCAUUGGUGUUACUAAGGGAAAGGGAUUUGAAGGUGUUGUGACACGUUGGGGUGUUACUCGUCUCCCUCGUAAGACCCAUAGAGGUCUUCGUAAGGUGGCAUGUAUUGGAGCUUGGCAUCCUGCCCGUGUUUCUUUCACUGUUGCCCGAGCUGGUCAGAACGGGUAUCACCACAGAACAGAAUUGAAUAAGAAGGUCUAUAAGCUUGGCAAAGCUGGACAAGAGUCUCACACUGCUUCAACUGAAUAUGACAGGACCGAGAAAGACAUUACUCCUAUGGGUGGGUUUCCUCAUUAUGGUAUAGUGAAGGAGGACUACCUAAUGAUCAAGGGUGGGGUUGUUGGAACGAAGAAGAGAGUAAUCACCCUUCGUCAGUCACUUCUCAAGCAGACCACCAGGAGUGCCAUGGAGGAGAUUAAGCUCAAAUUUAUUGACACUUCCUCAAAAUUUGGCCAUGGUCGCUUCCAGUCUACAGACGAGAAACAGAAAUUCUAUCGCCGUGUCAAGGCUUAAGUAUGCUUUAUGCACUGCUUUUCCCUUCAUUAUUAUUGCUUCUUUUUCAAAAGACAUGGAAUUUUCUUGUUGGUUUGUUGUACUCUUUUGCAUCCAAACUAUGUCUUUAAUCAAGUGAGAGAUACAUUUUUGUUUAAAUAUAUAUCCUUAGAUCUUCAUUUGUGUUGAUCUCCAUUCCCUUGCCCUUGACAUUCUAAUGUUGUUUAAAAUAAUCUGUCCUUGGGUAG